AUGGCUGAGGUUUCUGCUAAAACUUUUAUACCAGAGUCAUUCCAGGGAACAACAACAGAUAUAGCAGGGCAAAUUGGGUUGAUUUGGGAGCUAAUCAAAGCACCAUUGAUAGUUCCACUCUUAAGGCUUGCUGUGUAUGUAUGUCUGACCAUGUCACUUAUGCUUUUCUUUGAGAGGCUGUACAUGGGUGUUGUCAUCAUUCUUGUUAAGCUCUUCUGGAAAAAGCCCGAUAAGCGAUACAAAUGGGAGCCAAUGCGUGAUGAUUUGGAGAGUGGCAAUGAGGCCUUCCCUUUGGUCCUUGUUCAAAUCCCAAUGUUCAAUGAGAGAGAGGUCUACAAGAUCUCCAUUGGAGCUGCAUGUAAUCUUUCAUGGCCGUCAGAUCGUCUCGUGAUUCAAGUGCUUGAUGAUUCAACUGACCCUGUUAUCAAGGAUAUGGUUGAGAAGGAAUGCUUAAGGUGGGCAAGCAAAGGCAUUAACAUAAUCUAUCAAAUCAGAGAAACCAGAGGCGGCUACAAAGCUGGUGCUCUCAAAGAAGGCCUAAAGCGCGACUAUGUCAAAAACUGUGAAUUCGUCGCCAUUUUAGAUGCCGAUUUCCGGCCGGAACCGGACUUUCUCCGGCGAGCCAUCCCUUUCCUUGUACACAACCCUGAAAUUGCACUUGUUCAAGCUCGUUGGAGGUUUGACCGCACGCUAGUCAGGGUCCAGGGCAACUCCUUUGAUCACGGGAGGGGCCGCCGAUUGCCGUCCCAUCGCGACACUUAG